GUUUUCAGUUCAAAAAUGAAGAUCUCUAUUGCGCAGGUUGCCGUUGCAUCUGCUCUGCACAUUGGCAUCAGCCAUGGUGCUCCAUCCCAGAGCAACGACGCCUCUCUGGCAUUAAACACUCCCGGUGACAUUAAAAGCGCCGCCAAAAUCAUUGCCAACAGCACAAUGGCACACUACGACGGCGACAAGCCAGGCAAAACGCCUGGCAUCGUUGACGGAUCGUCAAGUGCUGAUCCAGCUUACAGCACGCUCUUUUGGCCUGCCAUUCUCAACUACUGGCACUACACUGGCGAUACUACGUACAAUGACGCCUUAAUGAAGAGUAUCCUGACCCGUCGUGGACCCAACAAUGACUUCUGGCCGCCCAAUUUCACACUGAACUUUGCAAACACACAGGUGGCAUCCUGGGCACACGUCGCCAUGGCCGCCGCCGAGUACAAGUUCCCUGAUCCCCCACGAGACCAGCCGCAAUGGAUUCAGCUCGCCAACAAUGUCUUUAACAACCUGACCGGCCUGUGGGGUUCUUCAGAUGAAUGUGGCGGCGGACUUCGCAUGUCGCAGGAUCAAAGGCUCGAGGACUACCACUGGAAAAUCUCGGACACAAAUGGCCGUCUUUUCAACCUCGCUGCCAGGCUCGGCAGAUACACGGGCAACCAGACGUAUGUGGAUUGGGCCGAGAAAGUCUGGACCUGGAUGGACAAGGUCAAGUUUAUCACCGCCGAUGGUGAUGUUGUCAGCGGCGCCAACAUUAAGCGUUCGCCUGAUUGUAGCAAACCAUCUUCCUCUACUUAUUCUGGAGAUAACGCCGUCCUGGCUGCAGGCGCCGCUGUCAUGUACAACUUGACCAAUGGCGAUACCAAAUGGAAGACUCGUCUAAGCACCGUGCUUGACGCAGGCAUUACCAAGUUUUUCCCCAGUGAAACGGGCGUCUUGACCGAGAUGUGCCAAUCCGACAAGAGCUGCAACUUACCCCAGUAUUGGGGCAAAACCAUCUCCAUACCAUUCUACGCAGCCACCGUCAAGAUGGCACCCUUUACGGGGGACAAGCUCAUGCCUUUGAUUAAAAAGUCGGCCGAGGACAUUGCCGGCCGGUGCUUCGAUAACAAGGGCUACUGUCCUCCGUGGGUGACCGGCCCACACAGAGUCGGCAGCUUUGCAACAGAGAAUGAUGUCGCUGGUCUCGGUGCCGUUUCUGCACUGCUCGUGGAUGAUGCUCCUGCGCCUGUCACUAAAAAGGAGGGCGGUACUUCGAAUCUGGGUGGUGGCAAUGGGAAGUCCAAGUCUGACGGUGGCAAAGAUUCAGGCGCCUCAACGAGGAAUGUGAGUAAAUGGGCCGUGUUGCUGGUUGCUGCCAGCGCUGGUCUGGGUUACUUCCUCUAGUCUGUGAUAUGUGUCGCUUAUAUCGUUGAACCAAGUAUAUAUCUAUAGUCAGGAGUAACAAAGGUUCUACGCACUAAUCUCAAAUAGACGUUCAGUAUCGUCUUUGAUGACGCAGUGCGAAUUUGAGAUGGUCGGGAAAUAACCUAUAUAGGUCUUCCUUCGGAAUACUCUAUCAAACUCACGUCUAGCCUAGACUUGGCUUCUUUGUACAGUUUUGAUUUCAUGGUUCUCCUCAGAGUAUAUAUAGUAAUAUUCGAUACUCAGCUAUAUAUUUGUUCUUCAAA